CUAACGCCGUUAAACCCGUUUUCUUACCGUUACCAAUACGAAAUCCUAUUUUGGCCCGAAACAUUUGUGUACAAUUUUUUCAAGAAACAAAAAACUGGUGGCACUGUGUGUGUGUGUGUAAAUCAACCAAGAUCUGUAACCCAAAUAAGAAUUUUCUGGCAGAUCUGUUUCUGGGGUUUGUUCAAAAAGAAAAGCAAAUAUGAAUAUAUUCAGGCUUGCUGGGGACAUGACCCAUUUGGCUAGUGUUCUUGUUUUGCUCCUCAAGAUCCACACUAUUAAAUCUUGUGCUGGUAUUUCUCUGAAGACUCAAGAGCUAUAUGCUCUCGUCUUUGUUACUCGCUACUUGGACAUAUUUACAGACUUUAUUUCACUAUACAAUACUACAAUGAAGUUGGUUUUCUUGGGAAGCUCUUUAUCAAUUGUGUGGUACAUGAGGCAUCACAAAAUUGUUCGCAGAUCUUAUGACAAAGACCAGGAUACUUUUCGUCACAUUUUCCUUGUGCUUCCUUGCCUGGUAUUGGCUCUUGUUAUACACGAGAAGUUUACCUUCAAGGAGGUAAUGUGGACCUUCUCCAUAUUCUUGGAAGCUGUUGCCAUCCUUCCUCAGCUGGUCUUGUUGCAGAGAACGAGAAAUAUAGACAACUUGACUGGACAAUACAUUUUACUCUUGGGUGCAUAUCGGUCACUCUACAUUUUGAACUGGGUAUAUCGCUACUUCACAGAACCACAUUUUGUACAUUGGAUAACGUGGAUUGCUGGCCUCGUGCAGACAGCGCUUUAUGCUGAUUUCUUCUAUUACUACUUCCAAAGCUGGAAGAAUAACACCAAACUCGAACUUCCUGCUUGAGCUCACCUCAUAUCGAAGAAAACAGGAGCAGGUCGGAAACAAUGAACGUCUGCUGGGUGUUUAAUGAGCUAAAAACAUCCUUAUUUUGUUGGCUAAUUAGGUCAGAGUAAGAUACCAGAUACAUAUAUCAUAAUUUUUAGAAUCUGCUUUCAUCAAGAAACAUGUUUUUGCUAGUAAGUUGUUGAAGUAUAUUCUUUAUGUAACAGGAAAACUUUGUGACUUCAUUUUUGUUGUACUAGAAAUUGUUUCUUGGACUUUAUUUAUGGGGAAGCAUUCUUAUCAGUUCAAGAAAAAGAGAAAAUUAUCACAA